GCUUCCCCUAUAUAAGGCGGGCUCUUCCACAGUUGGGCAUCAGUCUGGCUUCACUCCUACACCUGUCAACAUGGUCCUAAAGGUUUUCAUCCUAGCUGCCCUCCUGGCCAUCGCUUCAGCAGAAAAACGGCCUACUUACGGCCCUCCACCUCCCACCUAUAACCCUCCAGUUCCUUCCUACAAUGCUCCUGAGCCAGUGGGUCCUGCCCAGUACAACUUCAACUGGGCCGUGAAGGACGACUACUCCGGCAACGACUUCGGCCACGACGAAACUCGUAAUGGCUACGACACUCAGGGAUCCUAUUACGUCCAGCUUCCCGACGGUCGCCUGCAGAGGGUUUCCUACACUGUGAACGGUGACUCCGGCUUCUUGGCUCAGGUUGAGUACCAGGGAGAAGCCCAGUACCCAGCCCAGCAGCCCAGCUACAAGCCCGCACCCACCUACCAGCCAGCACCCACCUACUCUUAAUGUGAUUCCAGACUAUGAUUCGAAUAUAAUGUUGUCAAACAGCAUUUCAUAAAUAUAUUUUAUACUGCAAUAAAUAAUAAUACAAUCAACA